UUUAGAAAUAUCACAGGACACAUCGGCUUGCAGGGCGCUAUUCCUAUCUGUUCGAAAUGCAGGCCCCAGACUAACAAUGACAAGAUGAAGGGUUGAAAAGCUCGAUAUUCCGUAAAAGAUAAUGGAGGGAAAUGAAGAUUUUGAUGAAGACUAUCUCACUGCUUAUGCAGUUCAACUAAGCAUUCAAGAAUCAACUGAAGUCAGUCAACCAGAAUCUACCAAUUAUCAGGAAAGAUUUAUACCAGCCAGUGAGCAAAAUAGGAAGCUGGUAGCUGCCAUAAGACAAGGCCAAGUAUUUGAGCUUCAAGAUUAUGUGAAACAUAAGUAUGCUUUGGAUGAAGCUGAUGAAAAAGGGUGGUUUCCACUGCAUGAAGCUGCUGCUCAGCCAGUUCAACAAGUACUUGAAAUCAUUCUGGAUGCAUCUUAUAAAACAAUGUGGGAAUACAAAACAUGUGAUGGAGAAACACCACUAACUUUGGCAGCAAAAGCUGGUCUUGUGAAAAACGUAAGAACAUUGCUGGAAAAGGGUGUUUGGUCAAAUACCACAAACAAUAAAGGAGAAACUCCUCUUCUCAUUGCUGUAAGAAGGGGAUCUUUUGAAAUGGUAUCCACCUUGAUUAAACACAACUGCAGUAUCCACCAACCAUGUGCAAAACGCUGGUCAGCAAUGCAUGAAGCUGCAAAACAAGGCUGCAAAGAUAUUGUUUCUCUUCUUUUGAAAAAUGGUGGAAAUGUGAACCUGAAAGAUGGAUAUGGGGUAACACCAUUGGGAGUUGCUGCUGAAUAUGGUCACUGUGACGUGCUGGAGCAUCUUAUUCACAGAGGUGGUGAUGUACAUGCCAUAGCAGAUGAUGGUGCAUCAAUAAUGUUUGAAGCAGCUGGCGGAGGCAAUCCAGAUUGUAUAGCUCUUCUAUUGGAAUAUGGAGGAAGUGGUAAUGUGCCCAACAGAGCAGGACAGCUCCCCAUACAUAAAGCAGCAUAUGAAGGACAUUAUUUGGCACUGAAAUAUCUCAUUCCAGUUACAUCCAAGACAGCAAUCCAGAAAAGUGGGUUAAGCCCCGUUCAUUCAGCAGCUGAGGGCCAGAAUGUUCAGUGUCUAGAACUCCUCAUUGAAAAUGAUUUUGAUGUCAAUGCACUCCUGGCUGAACACAUUUCAGAAAGCUAUGAUGAUGAAAGAAAAACAGCGCUCUAUUUUGCUGUUUCUAACAAUGAUGUUCUCUGCACAGAAGUGCUACUCCAAGCUGGUGCAGACCCAAAUAAGGACCCUCUAAACUGUCUUCUUGUGGCAGUGAGAGCUGGUAACCAUGAAAUUGUAAGGUUACUUCUGUCCCACAGAGCAAAUGUCAAUUGCUACUUCAUGCUCAUUAAUGAUACCCAUUUCCCCAGUGCCAUACAGUACGCUUUGAAUGAUGAGGUAAUGCUAAGACUGUUGCUCAAUCAUGGAUACAAGGUGGAGAUGUGUUUUGAUUGUAUGCAUGGGGACAUCUUUGGAAGUUCUUUUGUGUGGUCAACUCCAGAGGAAGAGGUGCUACCAGGAUGGACACCUUGUAUAAUAAAGGAUAAUCCAUUUUGUGACUUUAUCGGAGUUCCUUGGCUGAAACAUUUAGUGGGAAAAGUGGUUCGUAUUUUAGUAGAUUAUAUGGACUACGUUCCUCUGUGCCCAAAACUUAAGUUUGUCCUAGAAUCACAGAAAGAAUGGCCAGAGAUACGUCACAUAUUGGAUAAUCCCCGUGCCUUGAAGCAUUUGUGCCGCUUGAAAAUACGUAAAGUUAUGGGACUAAAGAGGUUACAGAAACUGAAAUCAAUGAAGAAGCUUCCUCUUCCACCAGUUCUCGAAAACUAUAUCCUGUAUAAAGAAUAUGAUCUAUAUGGAAAAGGCCUGAUGUUGGAUUAGUUUAAACACUGCUGUUUAAAAUGUGUAAAUUACUAAUUUCCUUGUUCCUUUUUUUAUUACUGGAUUGAGAAUUGUUCAGUUUUCUUAUGCAUUUUCAAAACCUGUAAGUUUUUGCUGCAAAUAGGCCUUUAACAGAGCACACAUUUUGUCAAAAGACUAGAAUGUUAAAAUUAAAUCUAACUUUUUAUGUUUUACUUUAACAUUUUAUCUUCCAAUGUGAUAUAUUCUAAGACCAUGGAGGAGGAGUUGAUAAUCAUUGUGCAAAGUAGAACACUCUAGAUUUGUUUUUAGGCAAGUAAUAUGUACAUGUUACUCUAGAUAAACAGUUUCUUUAAUAUCCAGUGAUUCUCAAUCAGGGUGAAAUGGUAUCCUGGUGGAGGAUGCUUUGGGAUCCUUACAAAGAUGCAGUAGGGUGCCAUGCAAAGUUAGCAUGUGUGCAAACAUGAUUUACAAAAUAAACCUAGAGAUUUCACAUAGAAAUCCAUUGUGUUAAAACUAUUCUGACCUGCUGUGGUCUUGCCAAGUUCUUUGCAAUUUUUCUGUAGUCAAAAAAUCAAGUGAAAACUAAGAGCUGGCAUUUUCUGAGGGGUUCCUUAAGUCUAAAAAGGUUGAGAACCACCAAUCUAGUCUAAGCAACAUUGUCUACUGAUGUUUAAUAUGCAAAAUUGUUUGAAAAAUGUGAAGCAAAUAAAAAUUCCCCUUGUUCUAUUUGUAUGACAACACUUGACUGCAGCCACCUUUCACAUAUUUAGCUUGGAAUCUGACAUAUAUAUUUUAAAACAUGGUCCUAUUAUGUAAAAUGCUCCCUGAAAAACAUUCUUUUUCUAGGUCUAAACCAACCAGACAGCAAUGAUCUUAUUUACUACUAGUGCAGAGUUCAGGGGUUCCUGGGAAUGACAUUUGGGCAUACCUGGGAAAAGGUAGUGAGAA